CACCAUUAGACCAUGGCCCAAAAUCUCAAUAUCCCAAAUCCAACUCAGCUCGCAGGGGAAGAGGCAGCACCGCAGCAGACCGCAAUAGGAGUCCGCAAAUCCCAACCUAAGCUCCGCACUUGGACGGCGCACGGAGGUAUAGGCGCUUAGCACUUAGAUAGUUGGACGGCGCACGGCGGUUUGCCAGUUUGGACUGCUUCACUCCUUAGUUUCUGGCUUUCAAUUCUUCUCUUCGGUGGCAAACUGGGACUCUGGAGCUGCGGCCUGCGGAACUACCCAACGGAUGUCCCAAGAAAACUAAGGAGAACAGAGAGGAAGCCGUUGGUGACGAGCAUUAACGAGCUCAAGCGCAGGGAGAGGCUGGAGAAGCAAAAGCGACAAGAGGUUCGAGAAGUUACACUGAAGCCACCCGAGGAUGGGCUGUUAGUGAAGGGGUUAAUACCAGUAGCGCAUCAUGUUUUAGCUGCCCAAGCUGAGUUACUAGCUUGUGUUUCUAGAGUUGCAGAACAUAUUCCUAUCUAUUCAUGCAGGUUGUGUGGGGAAGUUCAUGUUGGUCAUACACCCCAUAAGAUUAAAACAUGUUCUGUUAGCGGCAGUGAGAAGAGCAAGGAGCAUAUUUGGGAGAGAGGGGAUGUCAAACACUUAUUGCCUCUUGUAGAAUCUUUCCAUAUGUAUGAUCGGUUGGGGAGAGCCGUUUCACAUAAUGAGAGGCUUGAGGUGGACCGGAUUCCUGCGAUUAUGGAGUUGUGCAUUCAGGCUGGGGUAGACGUGCCUGACUACCCAACCAGAAGACGGAAAUUUCCGGUUUACCAAGUGGCCGGGAAAAUGAUAGAUUUUGAGAAGAGGUUCCCCAAGGAUGAUGCUCUGUCUCGAAACCACAUCCAGACAUCUGGUUUUUGGGGAACUAAGAGAUUAAUAACAUCAAAUGCGAAAACUUCGGGUUUGCCUUCCGAUGAUAUCAGAGGAUGUGCAGAGAGAGGAAUGGAAGUGUGGGAGGAUACACGAACGGGAUCCAUACAACUAAUGCAGAAGUACGCUGUUCAAACAUGCGGAUAUUGUCCCGAAGUCCAAGUGGGACCGAAGGGUCAUAGGGUGAGGCAGUGCCAAGCCUUCAAGCAUCAAAUGAGGGACGGGCAACAUGCUUGGCAAGAGGCAACCAUAGAUGACCUUGUUCCCCCGGUCUAUGUGUGGCAUGUUCUAGACCCAUCUUCCCCUCUUCCUCUAGUUGAUGCUUUGAAGAGGUACUAUGGAAAGCUGCCCGCAGUUGUGGAACUGUUUUCUCAAGCCGGGGCUCAGGUUCGUAGCAGCUAUUGUGGCGUGAUGAGAGCAGAUAUUGCUCUUCCUAGUCUAGGUGAAGAAAAGUUAGUCGUGUGAGCGGUAGCCUCACACUCCCUUGGUCAGUGUUCUGCUGUCAUGAGUUCAUGCCAGCCCUCCGGGCUACUCUUGCGAUGUGCAAGAAAUCCUGUUUGCUGACGAACACGCGAGACAUUCAACCCAAGUCGACGAGGGCAAAUAGGUACACAAAAGUGAUGAAGAGAAGUAAAUCAGCCGGUGAGGCUCCCAGCAAAAUCCUCCCAACCACAUCCUCUGGUGUUUGAGUUCCAGAGGAAACAAUUGAACUCAUAACUGGGAAAACAAUAAGCUUCUCAUAGUAGCGAGAAACUCCCAAGCAAAGGGCGAUCCGUAAAGUGUUCUGCUGUCAUGAGUCCACGCCAGCCCUUCGGGCUACUCUCACGAUGUGCAAGAAAUCAUGUUUGCUGACGAACACGCGAGACAUUCAACCUUCAAUUCGUCCUCCCAAGUCGACGAGCGAGCUGCGCACUUUACCAUUUGUUCUUUUUCUCACCUCUCUGACUUACGCAACCUCUACCCCCAUAUUUUCUUUUUUUGGUGCUCUACUGUAGGGGCAAAUAGGUACACAGAAGUGAUGGAGAGAAGUAAAUCAGCCGGUGAGGCUCCCAACCACAUCCUCUGGUGUUUGAGUUCCAGAGGAAACAAUUGAACUCAUAACUCCCAAGCGAAGGGCGAUCCGUAAAGUUAAGCUCGAAUGCAUCUGGUUAGCUAUGAAGCCAUAUAAAAAAAUCUCACCUGCGUAGAACUCAAAACCCCAAAAGUCCAAAACAUAUAGGUAUUUUUGCCAUUUUUCCGAAAUUAUAUUUGAUUUUAAGUUAUUGAAAUUCAUCAUUGAGAUGAGGGCAGAAGUAAUGUGUUUAUAUCGAAGGCAACAUUUAGAUUGUGCUUAACCUUCAUCUAUUUUUCCAGAAUUAAUUUAUUUGAUUUAGAUUUUUACUAUAUAUUUGGUCCAGAUUAGUGUUAUAAGCUCUUAAUUAAAGACAUUAUGUAUAGCAUAAGUUGUGAGUAUUGCAUAUUGUUUCGUCUUGUAACUUGUUUAACAUGAAAGACAAAAUCGUUGUUAGUAUGUUUAAUGUGAGGCUAAUCAAUGUAGUAUUAUG